GCCCCAGGCGCAUGCGCGCGGCCGCCGCCGGCCAGAGGUGCUGACAUGGUGUCCGUGGCGACACCGGCCGAGCUCCUGCGGCCGCUGCUCCGCCUCUGCGCCCUCUCCUUCCUCCUGCAGUCAUGCUGGCUGCUGGACUCGGCGCACGGUCUCCUCGAAGGCCUCUACUGCGGCACCGUGUCCUGCUACGAUGUGCUGGGCGUACCCAGGGAGGCCGGCAAGGGCGACAUCGCCCGCGCCUACCGGCAGCUGGCCCGGCGCUACCACCCCGACCGCUACCGGCCGAGCGAGGCCCAGGAGGAACCCGAGGCCAAGUUCCUGCUGGUCGCCACCGCCUACGAGACACUGAAGGAUGAUGAAGCCAGGAAGGAUUAUGAUUACAUGCUUGAUCACCCUGAUGAAUUCUACAGACACUACUAUCAUUAUUACAAGAGAAGGCUGGCACCCAAAGUGGAUGUCAGGAUAGUUAUAAUAGUCACAGUCUGUGCUAUUUCACUCUUUCAGUACUACAGCUGGUGGAGCAGUUACACAGAAGCCAUUAAUUAUCUCACCACGGUGCCAAAGUAUAGAAUCCAGGCAGCAGAAAUUGCUAAGCAGCAAGGUCUACUUAAUAAAACUAAAGAGAAAGGAAAAAACAGACGCACUAAAGAAGAAAUCAAAGAGGAGGAGGAGGAAAUCUUAAAAAACAUUAUCAAAAACAACAUUGAUAUUAAAGGAGGUUAUCAAAAGCCAAGGUUAUAUGAUAUACUUCUGUUCCAAAUUGUUUUGGUUCCUUAUCACAUAUGUAGGUACAUUAUCUGGUACUGUAGGUGGAUCUAUCGCUUUCACAUUCUCAGAGAAGAAUAUGGAGAAGAAGAGAAGUUGUACGUUAUCCGAAGAAACAUGAGUAUGUCACAAGGCCAGUUUGAUAGUCUUGAAGAUCAUCAAAAAGAGACGUUUCUUGAGAGGAAACUGUGGUUAAAAGAGAACUUUGAAGUUUAUAAGCUGGAACAAGAGGAAGAACUUAAAAAGAAAGUAGCCUCUGAUCCACGAUGGAAACGAUAUCGUCGGUGGAUGAAAACUGAAGGCCCAGGGAGGUUAACCUUCAUAGACGACUAAAUACCUCCAUCUUCCCUCGCUAUUUAUAGUGUACUUUUCUACAAAAAAAGUUUAUUUUGAUAACAGUAUUGAAUAUCUUUAAUCUAAUAGCUCAGGAUUCAGUUUAUGCAAUGGAAUUGCAGUCCUAAUACAACUUGGGCUCUUUCAAAAAAGGGGUUUGUUCUGAAAUAUUAGUGGGAAUGUGCACUGAUAUUUAAUGAAGAGACUCAAUACAUUAUUACUGCUCAGAUUAUAUUUUUAAACUGGUAGAGGAAUGAGCAGUUUUUUUACAAAAAAAAUACUGGUUUCUUAUUUACAUAGAUAUAUUAAUAUAUAGGCAAGAUGAAAAUUGUCAAGACUUAGUUAUGUCAUUCAUUGAUCCUUGGACAUUGUAGAAUUUGUAUUUAUAAAUUAAACAUGUCUUGAAAUUGAAAAAAAUCUAUGUGAGAUUUAAACAUUUAAUGGUUAAUUAGCUUUCUAGAUGGAAUUUUACAUGAUGUUUCUGACUGAGGCAGACAUCUUGGGGUGCCUGCAAGUUAGAAUUAAGAUUGUAUAUUAAAUUUUCAGCUGCUCAAUUGCAUGCACUUGGCUUGUAAACAGAUGCUGGAUACAGUUUAUAUUAAUUGUAUUUAUUGCUUAUAUUCCUGUUAUUUUCACAUUUGAAUGCAAUCGUUUUUGUGUUAUUAGUUUGCAAAAUCAACAGAUCAUACUGUUUUUGAACAUUUAAUUUGACAAGAGUUUGCUGCAUUUGAUAGAGUAACAUGAGUUAUCUUAGCUUGGGAACAAGCUUGAUACGAUUUACAAAUCGAUUAAAUAAUAGUUUCCUCUGAAUUAGAUAUUUUUAGAAGGCAAUUGCUAUUGUUUGAUAUACAGCUAUUAAAAUUACUGUUUUGCUAUGUACUUAAUGUCUCUUCCUACCUGUUGGAGUAUUUUGAAGUACAUCUUCAUUUGGCUUUUGAUGUGCAUCAUACUCUGAAACUUUAAUACAUUUAGCAACAUUUCAGUUUGAAUGAAUAUCAUAAUUGUGCUCUGGUAUGAAGCUGCAAAAAUUUUCACUGUAAAUAUAUAGAUUGCCCCAUUCACAGCUGACCUAUUUUCUUCAUAAAGAUAGAGCUUGGUUCUUGCUGUGCUGUGUCUAUCUAAUACCUCUGAAUGCAGUCUUGUUGUAAUGGAUCAGGAAAAGUUAGUCACAGACUAGUUUUCUAGAAAAUGUUACAUUAUGUGAAUAUUCUUAAAUAAUGCAAUCGGUGGAUUAUUUCAAUGUAUUGCAACUAGAUAUUUGGUUUAGGAUUUUCCCUUGAUGUACCCAUUGGUAUUACACUGCAUUAAAAUAGAUUUUCAGUUACAGAAUGCAACUUGGAAUAUCUAUUCUAAACCCAAUAACAUGGCAAAACAUGAGAUUUUUCAUUUCUUUAUUUUCAGUCAUUACAGAUUUGGCAAACAAUGUCAAAAUCUUACACUGUAUUUUUAAUUAAUUUAAUAUACAAAAAAUUAAAAGCUUGAUUUUUUUUUGCAGUUUUGUAGAUAAUUAAUCCUACCUUUUUCUAUUCCAAAGCUUUAUUUGGAAUAAAAUUUGCAUUCAAAUAAUAUAAAGAAUGAUUCAUGUCAAUAUGUCACCCAGUGCUCAAUCUGUUUAUAUGUAAUUGCAAUUUUAUUCUUUAUAAAUGUAUCUACCCUUUAAGUGGCUAAUAGUGCUUGCAACGUAUUAGUAACAUCACUACUGAAAACUGACAGGCUUCUCGUUUACCAAUUAUGUUGAAAAUAUUUUAUCAAUGUGGGAAGCUGUGUUAUGUUGGCCACAUGCAUUUUUGUUUUGCUGGCAAAUGUUAACUACUAAAAACUUUUCUUUCAAAAACUGCCUCAAGAAUAAGUUUAUAUUAUAGACAUAAUACAUUGCAUGGAUUGUUUUUUAAUGUCCCAACAAUUGUUUCAUACGUGAAGAUAAUUUGAGUGAUUGCCUACCUCAAGUCUGAGAUUUGAUAAUAAAACCUCACAUUGAUGUAAUGCUUUUAAUCAAAUUGAUUGCCCUGUUACAAAACUGGAUACCAAAUCACCAAGAGAUGGCCAAAGUGUUAGUCAUAGGGGCUGCUUCCAGAUCCUAUGAAAAUGGGAAUACUGGACUUCACUGAAUAUCUUUUGUUUAAAGAAAUAAUUGGUAACUUUAAUGCUGCAGUGUGUUUUGGAUGAAAAAAAUAAAGUUCAGUACUCAGUCUUUGUAGCUUUCUCAAUUGGGGUUUAGUAUUGUAUAUUGCUAAAGACUAGAGGAGCACGUCAAAUGAGCAACCAACUUUGAAUGCCAGGCCACUAUUUAUCUUUCAAACCAUUAUCUGGUCACUGUCGCAUUGCUGCUUAUGGAAACCUGCUGUAAACACAUCAUCUGCAACUGCACUGCCAAAAUAUUUUCUAAAGCAUUUUGUGAUCUGAGGCAAGCACUACAAUAAUUCAAGAUCAUACUAACCACACUGCAAGGCAUCAAUGCCUUGGGCUGAGGAGGAAAACAAAACCAAUAAGAAUAGGAUAUCCAAGUCUGUUGAGGCUGCAAACCAUACACUGUUUGGGAAAACCUUCAAGAAGUGCCAUUGCUUUAUUGUUCAUGAUGGCAUUGCUUUGCUUAUCUGUUUUUAUGAUGCAAGCACGUGUUUACAUUGCUAAUCAGGUUUUGGAUGUUCGGCUAAGAAUGAGUUUAAAUUUGGAUCAAUCUCUUCCCCCUUUCAAAAUAUUUCCUGAAUGUAAUUAACUUUUUCUCCACUUUAUACUCAUUUUUAAUUACCAAAUUACUGCCAAAAUGUAUUAUAUAAAACAAUGAAGUAGGAAAAUGUCAUGAUUGAUAUUUGUUAAAAUAUUAAAUGACCACACUAUCCAAAGUUAUUUUUUCUGGUGACUAAUAAAGAACUUUGAACUUAGAGUACACUA